CGACCAGGUGUACGUGUCGGCCAUCAGCCACGGUCCGCGCGGCGGCGCUCUAUGAACGCCACCUACCGCAACUCUGAGCAGUUCAGCUUCCAGGACGAGCUUGGUGAGCUGCUGCUGGGCGUGUGUGCCGCCAUACCCAACGGCGUGCUGUGCUUCUUCCCCUCCUACAGCAUGCUCGACAAACUCGCCAGGAGAUGGCAGAUGACGGGUCUGUGGGACCGACUGGAGGCCCGCAAACCGGUGCUCUGCGAGCCGCGGCGCGCCGACGAGUUCGAGGACAUGAUGCGCCAGUUCCGUCACCUGGUGACGGAAGGAGACGAUACUGGCGCACUGCUGCUGGCCGUCUGCCGCGGCAAACUCAGCGAGGGCAUCGACUUCUCCGACGACAGCGCUCGGGCCGUGGUCACGGUGGGCAUCCCGUUUCCGAACGUCAAGGACGUUCAGGUGGACCUGAAGAAGCAGUACAACAGCUCGCACGUCUCCACGCGCGGCCUGCUGAGCGGACACGAGUGGUACGGCAUUCAGGCCUACAGGGCGCUGAACCAGGCGCUGGGCCGCUGUAUCCGCCACCGGUACGACUGGGGCGCUAUCCUGCUGGUGGAUGACCGGUUCGGCCGGCCGCGCGGCGUCGACGGCCUCUCCAAGUGGGUGCGCAGCCUGGUGCGUCACCAGAGCAAGUGGCCGGAGGUGGCCGACAGCCUGAGACAGUUCGCCGCCGACAUGCAGCACUGGACAGAGGAGAGGCGGGAGGAGCAGAGGAAACGCAAACAGGAACAGGACGCUGCCGAGGCGGAGAAGCUGGCCGCCGCCGCCGCCGCCGGUCCGGGUCCUGCCAUCGAUCUGAACCUCUCUGGCGCCUCCUCUCCGAUGUCCGUGGUGAACGGGCAGUCGCCGGUGGCGGCGCCGGCCGUCAGCGCCGCGCAGUUCCAGUACGGCAGUCCGCCGGUAGGUGUCGCCGGCGGCGCCCGGAAGCUGGUGCUGGUCCCGGUGAACCAGUUCGCCAGCUCGGCAGCCGCUCAGCGUCAGGAGGUGAUCACGGUGAACGGCCGGAAGUACCUGCGGCUGACGGAGGAGGGCCAGACGCGGUUGGUACCGCUGCUCACCAGUCAGGGUACCCCGGUACUGGACGGCGCGGCGGGGUCAGGGAACGGGGAGCCGACCGGUGCGGACGGUAGUGCGGCGGACGGCCGGCAGGCGGCAGCACCGGCGGAGGAGCGGCCGCCGCCUCCCAGCGCCGCCCCAGCGGAUAAGGAGAACGGCCGACCCCAGUCUCCGCCACUGUUUGGGGAGGACGAGGGAAAGUCCCCGCGCCAGGUGGUCGUCUGUUCAGCAGCCGGCAAGAGGCCGCUGUUUAAAGAGACGCCCGUCGCCCCCUCCGCCGUCACAGCACAGGCGGACAGCCAAUCACCGGAGCUGGUCAGGAAGACGGUGCUGCCACCCCGCGGCUCGGCCGCCAAACAGCGCAGCAAGCGCUCCAAGGGAGUCAUUUUCAUCAGCUCGGACGAGGAGGACUUUCAGUGAUCACGUGACCGUGGGGUUAUAUAUGUGAUUUCACGCUGUGGCACGAUGUAUGAAGGGCUAAUGAUUUUUUAUCACGAACUGCAAGCUGCCUGAAAUGAUGUCUUAUAUGACUGCUUUGCUAUGAAAAUACAAUGUAGAUACGCUUGUAA